GUCUUGCACAGGUGUAGCGGCUCCUCCCCUCCAGUCUUGCACAGGUGUACCGGCUCCUCCCCUCCAGUCUUGCACAGGUGUAGCGGCUCCUCCCUUUCAGUCUUGCACAGGUGUACCGGCUCCUCCCCUUCAGUCUUGCACAGGUGUACCGGCUCCUCCCCUUCAAUCUUGCACAGGUGUACCGGCUCCUCCCCUUCAAUCUUGCACAGGUGUACCGGCUCCUCCCUUUCAGUCUUGCACAGAUGUACCGGCUCCUCCCCUUCAGUCUUGCACAGGUGUAGCGGCUCCUCCCUUUCAGUCUUGCACAGGUGUGCCGGCUCCUCCCCUUCAAUCUUGCACAGGUGUAGCGGCUCCUCCCCUUCAGUCUUGCACAGGUGUACCGGCUCCUCCCCUUCAGUCUUGCACAGGUGUACCGGCUCCUCCCCUUCAGUCUUGCACAGGUGUAUCGGCUCCUCCCCUUCAGUCUUGCACAGGUGUAGCGGCUCCUCCCCUUCAGUCUUGCACAGGUGUACCGGCUCCUCCCCUUCAGUCUUGCACAGGUGUACCGGCUCCUCCCCUUCAGUCUUGCGCAGGUGUACCGGCUCCUCCCCUUCAGUCUUGCACAGGUGUAUCGGCUCCUCCCCUUCAGUCUUGCGCAGGUGUACCGGCUCCUCCCCUUCAGUCUUGCACAGGUGUACU